UUGGUUUGGUUCUGCCAUCUCAUGCAGCCGAUAUACUCUCACAGGAGGAUUAUGUUUCGACACUGCAAACUUGCUCUGUUUGUUCAAAGAGUGUUUGUUUAUCAAUUGGAGUAAAAAAUAAUAAAAGCAAUACACUCUCUUAGAUUGAACUGUAGUAAUACCAAACCUUUGUUCUUAAGCUACAAAAUCAACCCCAAGCAUUACUUGCGUUUGACGUAAUUCAGAACUGUAUUCUUGGAUACCGGGGAGGGGGGAAUCGAAUGGUACAGUUAUUGCUAAAAUAACAAUAUUUUGUAUUGGCGAGAUAAGGGUUAACAACUAAAGGCUGAAAUGAAUCAGUGUAAGGGGGAGGGAAUGGUCUUUCCAUAAACCUUUCAUUUAAAUUCACUGAAAUCACUAUAGCUAGAAAGCUCUGAGAUCCAGUCUCCUACGACAAAGCAAUAGACAAUGUUUCUUUCAUGAUGCUGGAAGCGUUUCGUUUCUGUUGGAGUUUAUCUUUGAGUGAGAAUACUAAUAAAAUUACUGUAGCCAAAUAGGGAUAAUACCUCUAUGCAUGCUAGUUUAUUCUGUAUCUUUGUAAGUAGAACCUUGUGCAUAGAAGUGACAGCUGUUCCCGAAUUCUUAAAGUAUCGGACUACUCGUGGCUGCCAAAGGAUAACCCAGCUGUUUCGCACGUGAGAAGACAUUCUGACGACAUGGACAUCAACGGACUCCUGGAACAGACUUGGAACAACCCUCCAGAACCCAACAAUUUUGGUUGUGCAAGGAAAGCUCUAAUCCCAUUCUUCAAACUGAUGCAAAUCACUGGCUGCUAUCACGAGUAUCGGCAUUUUCAAGAACUUGACAAAGUGACCAGGGAAAAGGCCAAGGCAGCCCACAAUGAAGACCAGAAGAAGAAAAUCCAAUACCCUCUAGACUCCCCCGAAGGAGCGUGCUACAGGAGACUUUCAAAAUACCGGCAAUUUGAACAGAAAAUGAUUACUGAAAGCUAUAAUGGACAAGGCAACAUCCGAAUUAAAGCAAUGAUGAAGAGUGAUGAAAAUGAAGACGUCCAGACCUGUCGUGGGGACAUGCUGUAUUUGUAUACAGUGGGAGUACCAGAUGGGACAAAUCAGUUCGAGGAAUCUGGCUCAUACUUCAAAAGACUUGUAGAUGGGUGGAGGAAGCGGACCCCGAACCCCCUUGGGCAUCCGGAGAGUUUCCUAAACCGCUGUGCGAUGGUGCCAAGUGAAGCCACUAAAGAUGAGGUCCUCCAACUAGGGGCAAAGUGGGAUCCCGAGGUUGGGUCAGAGGUCAAUGCCACCACAGAUGCCAGCAGGUCGUGGUUCAGCGCCGUGUUUAGCGACCGCGUCUUCUCGUUCCUUGUGGUCUGUAUUUUGUGGGCCAACUUGUUCAGAUGCGCCAUCUACGUGGGAGGCAGGGAGACCGUGGAUACUUUCCAUGUGGUGGCGUGUGGGAGCUGGUACUUCAUGUCAGCAAGCACCUGCACCGUCAUGUUUGUGACUUGCGCCAAGAAGUCGUACUUCAGGGAGUUUUUCUGGAAGUGGGGCACCAUCUACACGGACCCGGUCACCAAACAGCUGGGACUGCAUGGAGUCAUCACCACCGGCUUCACCAAGUGGGUCAUCGCCUUCCAGUGGGGAGCCAUUCUCUUCAACCUCUUCGCCAUCGCCUCUAUAAUGAUAUUUUCUGAUUACCUUUUCACUGAUGGCAUGUCCAAAAUCUUCUAUAUUACUGGUCAGCGUUCAAUUCCUUGGCUGAUCGCUUCGAUCCUGGUUCAUUUCUUCGUGUCCUGCUCCUGGCUGAGUCCUACGGCUUUCAUCGUGGUCAUGUGCCAUCACAUUGUCCAGCACUUCGAAGCGUUGAAUAUGGUGAUCAAGCUACACGUCGGAGCAGCCAAAUCUCGUUUCCCUCAACACCUGGCCCUGCUUCGCGAGCGUCACCUAGCGAUGUGCGAGACAGUGGAGGUGAUGGACAGGUGUAUCAGCAAGCUCUCCAUUUUCAUCUACGGGUAG